AAAGAUUACAGAUUAAGCAACGAAACGAUAGAGGAAAAUGGAUGUUUAUUAUUUACUGUCAUUUUCAUUUUUCUGUUUCUGAUUUCUAAGUAAAAGAGUUGGGAGAAUCCCGUGCUAAAUAUAUUCUACUUACUUACUGGCACUAAGUAAUUAAGUUUAUAACUUAAUUGGUAUAUUCCAAAAUGAAGCAUGAUAGUAGUGGUGGUGGUGACGAAUAUGAAGAACCUGAGCAUUUAAGAAAGUUGUUUAUUGGGGGCUUAGAUUACCGCACUACUGAUGAGUCCCUCAAAGAGUUUUAUGAGCAAUGGGGUGAAAUUGUUGAUGUUGUGGUUAUGAAAGAUCCUCAAACAAAACGGUCCAGAGGUUUUGGGUUUAUAACCUAUUCGAAGGCUCAUAUGGUUGAUGAUGCUCAGAAUAACAGGCCCCAUAAAAUAGAUGGCAGAAUCGUUGAACCAAAAAGGGCUGUGCCUAGGGACGAGAUUAAAAGACCUGAUGCGAGUGCAACUGUUAAAAAGUUGUUUGUGGGUAAUUUAAAGCAGGAUAUAGAGGAAGAUGAUCUCAGGCAACAUUUUUCUUCAUAUGGUAACAUUGUCUCAGUGAGCAUAGUAACUGAAAAAAGUACAGGGAAGAAAAGAGGAUUUGGUUUUAUUGAAUUUGAUGAUUAUGAUCCAGUUGAUAGGAUAUGCUUGGAUCAGGACCAUAAAAUCAAUGGCCACCUUCUAGAUGUUAAGAAAGCAUUGUCAAAGUCUGAAAUGUCAGGUGGCGGCAAUCGUCGCGGUGGCGGCAGGUUUGGCGGUCGCGGAGGCGGCCGAGGUGGCUGGAACAAUCGCCAAGAUUGGGGAGGUGGGUAUAAUUCAGGAUAUGGUGAACCGAGUGGUUGGGACAAUCCGAGUCCUUGGGAAUCGAAUAACUCCCAAGAAUCAUGGGACAAUCAAGGCUAUGAUGAUCAGAACUGGUCGCAGGAUAACUUUGGUGAUGGAUAUCAACAAGGGUUUAGCGGAGGCCCAAUGAGAUCCAACUAUAACUCACAAAGGCAACAGCCUUAUAAUUCAGUUGGUGGUGGCAGUGGUGGUGGCGGUGUUCAGAACUACAGCACAGCAUCAGGCGGCAAUCAGCGUCGCUACUAAACCUUGCCGAUGUCCUCUUGUGUGAAGUUACGCAUAUUUGAAGCUAGGCAGGCGUAGAGUAGACAGGCGUAGGCUGCGCGCUCUGCCCACCUUGAGGCACAAGCGGACUUAGGAAAGGACCACAUUACAUAAUACGUCAUAUUUUACAUAUUAUAUAUAGGUAUCUAAACUACACUAUAAGGUUUGCUCACAAUAAGGUACUGUGCAGGCAAAAGAUACUAUUUUCUUUAUAAUUUACAUAAUAGCACUUUCACAAUUUUUAUAUGCGAUAUUCAAAUUGUGUGACACUAGUUCACUGCCAUAUUUUUUCUAUGAGGCUAUAAAGAGAUUUUGGUAUUUUAGUUAUAAGAUUUAUUUUUAUUUCUUAACAU